UUUUCUGGUAUCUACGGUUUUCUGCUUUCCUAAAUCUUGGGUAAUGGAUAAACCAAUGGACCGUUCCAUCUUGGAUUGGGCUGGAGUUAGUUAAGAAUGUAACUGCGCUUUCUUGAUGAAGCUUGAUUCUGGAAAGUUUGGAAGUGUUUGUCGAAGGUCUCUAAUCAACAUUGUAUCUUUUGUUCAUUUGCAGGUCUAGUUUCUAAGUGAAAUGAUGCAAAGGAUUUCGGGCUCUUGGAAUCCUAAAUCAACGAUGUGGAUGAGGGCAUUUCCGAUGUGCUUCUCUUUACUACGAGACCCUCGGCAUGGAAUCCAUGCCUUGAGCAGUCUUUGGCAGGAUAGCUUGCACAGAACAGGUAAGACACAUGGAAGCCAUUGGAGGUUUAAUGUGAUUAGUCCCAAACCGAAUGAACUUGAAGGAUGGUACAGUAGAAGAUGGACUAGAAGUGCUACGACAUUGAAUGACACAAGACAGCAGCAGCUUGCUGAGAGGAAAGACCUGCACAAGCUCUUGACGGUCAUUGUGUUUGAUAUCGAGACUACCGGGUUUAAAGGGCAGUUUAACCGGAUUGUCGAGAUUGCAUUUCGUGAUUUGGGAGGUGGCGAGAACAGCACGUUCGAGACCCUUGUCUAUCCUGAACGUCGAAUCUGUAACUCGAAAUUUCAUGGGAUUAACGAUGACAUGGUCAUGAAAGAUGGUGUUCCUAGGAUGGAAGAGCUGAUACCGAUUAUGGUACAGUACAUAGAAAGUCGUCGAAAGCAAGAUGGCCAUGUACUGCUAGUAGCUCAUAAUGGUCGUAGUUUCGACGUGCCAUUCCUCAAGUGUGAGUUCGAGCGGUGCAAUUUCCAGAUUCCUGCUGAUUGGUUCUUCUAUGAUAGUCUCCGUCUGGCGCGCAAACUCUUCAAAUCAGCAUCACUGGGAGCUCUGGUACACAAGUACAAGAUCGAGUUGGUGGGAAAACCACAUAGAGCCAUGACAGAUGUGAAUGCACUGUCAGAGAUUGUGCCGAAACUUGCUCACGAUUUGGAAAUCUCGAUAGCCGACUUAGUCAAGGACUCAUUCACAGUCUCGGAGUUGAGCAAGACGAGUUCCAAGAAGAAAGGGCCGGCCAGUAAAGCUAAGUCAGAGACUUCAGAGCAGAAAGUUUAGAAGUCUAGACCAUGGUGGCGUUCACCUGCAGUUUAUUUGCAGUAUGCCUUGCUUUGUUUCUCUGUUUACUUCUUGUUGCAAAAUCAUUGAUUGUAAUUUCCCAGGCUGCCUUAGGGCCAUUUUGAUGCCUAAUGGCAGCAGACAUUAUUGAUGCUAAAUCAAAGUAGCUUUUCACCUCAAAAGAGAUUCAAUCAA